GAUUCAGACACCUGUGACUAAAUGUGUUGUGCCUUUGUAGAUACACUGAUCUCCAGAGUGAUGUAGACGGGCUCUUACAAGCUGCAGGUGCAAACAGAGUCAGAGGAUGGAUCGGCCUCCACCGAGAUCUUGGAAACAUCACUGGCUGGAAGUGGUCAGGAGGAGGACACAUUACGUUCCAAAACUGGAAGAGCGGACAACCAAAUAAUUAUAAUAAGAAAGAGACCGCUGUAAUACUCGACACUGAUGGAAAAUGGUACGAUGCUCAGGAAACAUCGAACUUUCAUUUUUACUGCAUGAAUAAAAUCACAGUGGAGGAGAAGAAGUCCUGGGAGGGAGCUCUGGAGUACUGCAGAGAGAAUUACACUGACCUCACCAGCCUGCUCACUGAGACCGAGCUCCUUCUGGCCACUGAAGGGAUCCAGAAAGAUCACAUCUCUGACAGGGUGUGGAUCGGCCUGCGUUACCUGGGGGACCGCUGGCUGUGGGUGAAUGGUGAGCCUCUGGAGUACAAGGCCUGGCCCCAAGGAGGAGAUCAGGACCACCAGUGUCCAAUACGGAAACGCUGUGGAGCUUUAACCAAAGAGGGAGUGUGGGAGAACUGGGACUGUUGGGACAAACUCAACUUCAUCUGCAUCUGAGAGAUUCACAACAUUUUAUCUGGUAAAUUCAUUAAAAUGGCUUGACAUCUAUUACUGACUUGUAUCAGAUGCAAUGUACAGAAUAUGGAAACCAGUAACACUUAUAGUACAUGUAGCUAAUACCAGCAUUGAUUCAAUUGGUAUGUCGAGGGAAGAAUAAGAUAAAACA